AUGACACAAAGGAGUUAUCCAUUUAUAGCAAAUUUAUCAGUUCUGGAGAAGCACAACUACCACAACGGAUGUCCGGGUUCGGGUUGCGGGUUCUCGGACGCCAGGACAAUUUCAAGAGAUGCUGCAGAACGCAGUGUCUAUGAGGAAGCUGUUGGUGGCUGUUUUGGCCUAUUCAUCACCGUCGAAGUGGUUGGAGGGAUUAAGGCCAACAGUCUCCCAAUCCUCAGAGAUGUGGCUCAUCUUCUGUCCGAUGUUGCUGCUUUUGCCAUCUCCUUGUUCUCUCUCUGGUCUUCAGGUUUGGAGAAAACCCCAUGCCAGUCCUAUGGCUUCUUCAGGAGCGAGAUCCUUGGUGCCCUUGUUCCCAUCCAGAUGAUUUGGCUUCUUGCUGGAUUUCAUAACAGCAAUGGCGAAGUUCAGGGUUCUCUAAUGUUCCUUGUCUCUGUAGUUGGUCAACUAGUCAAUAUUGCUAUGGCUGAUGUGUUGGGACACGACCACGGUUGUCACCAGUCACGGUCAUUUCCAGGCACUGAUGAUACCAAUACAAGCGACUUAUCCAUUAUAGCAAAUUUAUCAGGCCUCAGUCUAAGCUUGAUGUUAAGUUGUCCAUCAAUCCUCCUAAAUGUGCUAAUUGUAAGUUCACUCGGCACAUUUAGGAGGAUUAAUGCACAAUUUCAACAUCAAGUUUAA